UCUUCGGCUCAAGUUGAGUCUCCCAAAUCCGCACUGCCGUUUUGUUGCCGAAAGCAGUCUCAAGUCGGAAUCCAUACAAGAUACAUCAGCUGCGGCAACGGCUUCGGCGUCCAUUGGCGGUGGCAACGCGUGGUUUUCGCUUUCGGUCGUAUUGACAACUCGGCGUACGUGCAGAAACCAUUACAGAGACCGAAAGAAGGGGUUGACAUUGCGCAAAAAAACAGUCUUUGAAGAUCAUCGCGAUCAAUCAUGAAUCGAUUCGGUGCAGUCUGUCUAGCAAUCUUCGCUGUUUUGCUUUCCCUAAUAACGCAAACAGUAGAGUCCACCAUUCAACCCAAAGCACCCAAUUUCCAAUAUUUUGAGAGGCCUAAAUAUCGAUACCCUUACUACGACGAAAAUGGCCGCGGAAAACUUCUCUACGGAUAUGGAGGACCCGAUCUCUAUCAAUACAAGAGCUAUUCCCCAUUGGAUGGAAUCCAUUAGGUUUGGUUAUGAGUAGGAUAGAAAUAGUUUAGGUUAUCUAAAUCAAUUGUACAUAAGAAUGUUAACUUUAUGUGAAGCGAUGAAUCCCAAUCGUUCAUCAGUGGCCGGAGCGCAGCAAUUAUGAAAGACUUACAUUAAAUACGUUUGAGUUGUAUUUUUGUUUUGCUUUAUAAGGGUGAUUUUUAUUUGCAGUAAAUUCAUCACCGUUUGAGUUGUACCCAGUAAUUAAGCUAUUAAAAACAUAAUCCACUUUUUUUA